CUCACAGCUGAAAUUGUCUGCUACUUCUCCCCGUCUCCCACACAGCCACCUUCCUCACUCAUUCGGUGGGUCGAUAUCGUCACAGUGUGGGUAACGUCUGACAGGGCUCCCUGGUCCCAGUGUGCAGUGUGCUUUUUUCCGGUUUCCGUCGUUAGGAGGCAACUGACUUCAUCUGAAUAGCAUUGACUGAACUUCAAACUUCGCCGUGAUUAUGUUGGAGGAUCCGAUACAGUGGUGGUGAAUCUGGGGAGCACCACACGAGGGGAUAGACUCACGUCGCUUUCACAGUCACCGUCUCGUACUUCUACCGUCUGUCUGUCUGCCUGCCACGCGGAACCUCACCACACCGCUCCUGAACUCUCAACUAAAUAUAACCAACCCAUUGCAGCGUCUACCGUAGCCAAGAGUAGACGUCCAGUGGUAGUCCGUCGAUCUUGUGGAUGACAGGGGCCUCUCCUGAAGGAAGAUUAUUGUGCGUUGGCCGUUCCCCUCGCAAUCGCAGUGUCGUGAAAGCUAAUUCGAACCCCAUUCCCAUUGUCGUAUGGUUCUCUUUCCCGAGAUUAAUUUCCAGUGUCGUUGCUCAUCUGGAGUAGAUGAUGAUUAAACUUUGGUUAAGUAAGCUUUGUAUGGACUUCAUGAGAAUGUUUUACGAGUGCAAGUCAACAUCUAUUUUGUAAACAUGUGCUUAGUGAAUUCUGAACUGGCUUUUGUGACAAACAUUAGGCGUUGUGAUUGCAUGUUUGUACAGUACUUUGGACCCAUGCAGAAGGUAGUGCGCGAAGUUCCUCUUCCAAGGGUGAACAGAGACGUGGACAGUGACGACGGAGGGGGAGCAGGGGCGGGAGUGGGCGUGCGUUCAUGAUACUGCUGGGGACGCACGCCUUUUUCAACCCGGGGGGCUUCGAGGGGAAGAUUCCGCCCUGGAUACAGCAACCAAGAUAACCUACAUUGGUCUUACUCUGAAUGUCAGCCGAGACAUUCUCCUGAUGGAGGUCUGCUGACCCUAGAAGAACCGAGGAGGCAUCCUCCGAAGGGCUGUGGUCCGGGGGUCGCCCGCCCCCACCAACCAGGUGUCAGAUAGCGACACGCUGCCCCUCUGCCACCUUGAAGAGCAACGGUUUUCUUGUCUGCCGUAAGGACUAGGCCUGUCAAAUUUUGGGAGGGACUUUCCAGAGUCGAUAUUAUCGAACAAAAACAGUGUUCAGUGUCUGUCAAUUUCGGCAAAGAAUAAGCAAUCAACCUGACGCAGGUGCACGCACACACACACACUUGACAUCUGUGUUGACUUGAGAUAAUCCAAGUGAGUGGGAAUGUGAGAUAAUUUGGGUGAGAGGGAAUUUGAGAUUAAUCCAAGUGAGAGUCAUUGUAAAGUUUCGGUGUUACGCUUCUUGUGAGGUUAAGUAAGUUUUAAGCCCUAAAGUUUGAUAAAUGAGAAAAAGGAAAUUCAACGAGUGAAAGGUACUACAUCACAAUUACGAGGGAAAUUUCGUGCUUAGUGAAUAAGGAAAAAUUCAGUUGGAAUUGCACAUCAGGUAAUCGGCUAAAAUUCAUCACAAUAUGGCUGGCGUGGAUAGCCCUUGUCGGGCAGCGCUGAAUUUAUCUUUUCUGAAAGGGGCCAGACGGCACCCUCACAGGCAGGGGCAUUGCCCUACAGGUGUGUAUCGCCCUACCACCACGCCAACCCCGACCCCAACCGCAGAGGAACAACAAGCAAGGCUUUUGCCGACCGGAGAUGAGGGAGACGGCGGGGGUGGAGCCCCCUUUCAAGCAGAUGUCGAUUACAUCAACCCCAAUACCGAGGAUCAGGCGGAAGUGUAUGGUUACAAGCGGUCAUGGCUAAGGACGAGUAUAACUUGGAUUUUCAUCAUGGCAACAGGUGGUUUGCUGCGUCUUGUCUUCCACUGGGUCCCUGAGUGGAUGCUAUAUACCACUCAUGUCCGUUGCUCUCUGGAGGACGCUUCUAAGGUCCUCGUGGUGGAAGAAAAGUAUAAGAGAAAUUUUGUGAAAAAUAUUUAUGAAAUCAACGCCGAGAAUGUUAGCUUACUUCCUCGAGCUUCAGGUAGUGUCUGGAAACGACUACAGAAUCUUCUCUAUUUCUUAAUAGAUGCCAGCUAUGAACGGGAGUACAGUGUGCUAAAUAGUGGGACCAAUGAUGGUGGUGAUGGAUGUGUUCCAGAUGGGCAGCAGCUUUCUGAUCUUAGCCUUCCCUCCAAGCUGGCUGUGCCAAUGCAGUCAGGGACAAUUAAAGAGGUUUCAAGUGUACGGGUUUUUUCAUGCAAAAAAGUUUUAUACUUGUGGGAUUCUGACAACAAGACAUUCUACAGACUUCCAGGCCUUGAUUGUGGGCAAACUGCACAAGAACUUCAUUAUUACCGGGGGUUACCUUGGACCGAGCAAGUACGAAGGCGUAUUAUCUAUGGAGAAAAUUCUAUCAAGGUCCCCAUUGUUCCAAUACAUCGAUUACUUUUUCUUGAGGCCCUCAAUCCAUUUUAUAUUUUUCAGAUAUUUUCUGUAGCACUGUGGUACUCUGAUGAAUAUGUCUAUUAUGCUACAGUGAUUGUCCUCACAUCAGCUAUUUCUCUUGUGUCAGAAGUGUACCAGAUGCAUCGUAAUCAAAAGGCUCUUAGCUCAACCAUUCAGACAUCAGAUAUUGUGCAGGUUGUACGCAAUGAGCGGGUGGAAACUAUCCCUUCAGAACAUUUAGUUCCUGGGGAUGUGAUUUCUAUUCCACCUCAAGGCUGUAUGAUGCAGUGUGAUGCUGUGCUGCUGCAAGGAAAUUGCAUUGUUAAUGAAUCAAUGCUUACUGGGGAGUCAGUACCCGUUACAAAAACAUCAAUUGUUGAUCGUGCUGACAUAAUUUAUAAUGACAAGGAACAUAGCCGGCACACUUUAUACUGUGGCACUCAGGUUAUCCAAACUAGGUUCUACGGUGGUGAAAAAGUUGUUGCUGUUGUGGUGCGAACAGGGUUUAUAACAAAUAAAGGUUCCCUUGUUAGAUCUAUCAUGUAUCCUCCUCCUGUGGACUUCAAAUUUCAGCAAGAUUCUUAUAAGUUUGUUGGAGUUCUUGCUGGCAUAGCUUCAAUUGGAUUUAUUUACACAGUGAUUACAAAGUAUUUGCGAAAUCUGACAGCAAGUGCCAUAGCCCUUGAUGCCUUAGACCUUAUUACUAUUGUCAUUCCACCUGCAUUACCUAUGGCUAUGACUGUGGGAAUAUUGUAUGCUCUAAACAGGCUGAAAGCCCAUAGGAUUUUCUGUAUUUCGCCCCGAACUAUAAAUAUUUCUGGGGUCAUCAACUGCGUUUGCUUUGAUAAGACUGGUACAUUAACUGAGGAUGGUCUCGACAUGCGAGGUGUGGUGCCUGUUACUUCUGAUGGCUCAGCAAAAUUAUUAGGGCAGAUGGUGGACCCAGCUAAAUUACCCCUUGAUCAUAUGCUGUUUUCUAUGACAACAUGUCAUUCCAUUACUAUAAUUGAUUCUCAGAAGAUUGGAGACCCUCUGGAUUUGAAGAUGUUUGAGAGUACUAAUUGGAUACUAGAGGAGCCUGGCUUAGAUGAUACAAGUAAAUAUGACAUGAUGAUGCCAUCAGUGGUAAAAAUGAAGACACAAGAAGAAGGAAAUAAUGAAAAUGUUGAAAGUCAGCCACCACUUGAGAUAGGAAUUCUGCGACAGUUUCCUUUUUCAUCCAGCCUACAGCGCAUGUCCGUUAUAACACGUAAAUUAGGGGCUCCUAAAAAGAAUUAUGAGCUCUACUGUAAAGGAUCACCAGAGAUGAUAGCAAGUCUUUCAACCCCAGAAUCAGUGCCUGCAAACUUUUCAGAAGAGCUACUAAAGUAUACAAAUGAAGGUUAUCGAGUAUUGGCACUUGGUUGGCGUCCCCUUGAAUUAACAUAUAUAAAAGUUCAACGCAUGAAUCGUGAAGAAGUUGAAUGUGACUUAGAGUUCUUAGGACUUCUGGUUAUGGAAAACAGGUUGAAAGCUGAAACAACAGAAGUUAUUACACAGUUACAUCAAGCAAAUAUCAAAACCAUUAUGGUCACAGGAGAUAACAUCUUGACAGCGUUAAGUGUAGGACGUGAGUGCGGACUGGUUGACCCUAAACUACAAGUUAUAACAGUUAAGGGACAUCUUCCACAUCAAGGGAAUCCACCAGCUCUUACAUAUCACACCACCAUGAGUAAAAAUUCAGCACCUGCAACAGUCAGUACACAUAUUGAUGGUAUGGUGCACAUAAACAUGGAUGAAGUAACAAAUAGUUACUGUUUUGCAAUAGAAGGAAAAUCAUGGGCCGUAAUCAGUACAUAUUUCCCAGAAAUAUUACCCAAGCUGACAGUACGCGGUGCAGUGUUUGCUCGCAUGUCCCCUGACCAAAAACAGCAGUUAAUACUUCACCUUCAAGAACUUGGAUAUUAUGUUGGCAUGUGUGGUGACGGUGCUAAUGACUGUGGUGCACUUAAGGCUGCUCAUGCAGGAAUCUCUCUCUCAGAGGCUGAAGCAUCUGUGGCAUCACCAUUUACUUCAGCCGAGCCUAACAUAUCCUGUGUCCCCAUUUUGAUUCGUGAAGGUCGAUGUGCACUGGUAACAAGUUUUGGCAUCUUUAAGUAUAUGGCAGCAUAUUCUCUAACACAGUUUGUCACAAUCAUGAUACUUUAUUCAAUAGAUAGUAAUCUCACAGAUCUCCAGUUUCUUUGGAUUGACCUUUUCCUCAUUACAGUCUUUGCUAUAUUUUUUGGACGUACAGACUCCUAUAAAGGCCCUCUAGCUUCGUAUUCGCCUCCAGCUGCUCUCCUCUCAGUUGCUCCAAUUCUGUCAAUUAUAAUUCAUAUGAUCACUGUUAUUGGGUUUCAGACAUUUUGUUUCUUUUAUGUACAAGAACAGCCAUGGUAUGUUCCAUUUAACCAAACAACUUCUGAUGAAAUAUAUGCUGGCCAUGAGAACUAUGCUGUAUUUUCUGUCUCUCAGUUCCAAUAUAUAGUGUUAGCUGUUGUAUUUUCUAGAGGUCCACCAUUUAGGAAGCCAUUUUAUACAAACUACUUGCUGUCUGCCUCUAUACUUGUCAUGACUGUAUUUAGUAUAGUCUUGACAGUUGGUCCACCAGAGUUCAUUAUUGAUAAAUUUGAAUUGGUUCUUCCACCUCCCGAUGAUCCCCAAGCAAAUUUCUUCAGGUGGCAAAUGCUCCUGUUUUCUCUACUUUAUUGUGCAAUGGCUGUCUUUAUUGAAUAUGUUGUAAUUGAUUAUGUAUUCUACAGAAAAUGUAAGAGCAAGUUUCAUAACAUUUACAAGUCGAAAAAGAAAUACCUGGCAAUUGAACAGGAUUUACAGAAUGAUAAGGCCUGGCCACCUUUAACAUCUUCUGACAUUGAAAAGACAGGAAAUGCUGAUAAAAAAGAACUGAUGCUCGAUCCUGCAAAGCUUAUCAAAGAAAAUGGCAAAAACAGAAAGGAAGCAAAUGGUCAUGUUCAUGGAGCUGUCACCACAGUUACACAAUUCCAUUCUUCUUUAUGAAGGUUACUGAACAUUCCAGUGUGCUUUCAUACUGGAAUUUCAAUGGUAAAAUCACUUACAUUUUCUUGUAGAUAUUCUCUUAUACAGAGACAAUUAGUUAGUAUUAAAACUCGGCAAGUUUUAACAUGUUUGAUAAUGCAUUCUGAAUCAGUUUUAGCUAAAAGAAUUAUUAUUCCAUAUCAAAGCUCCUUGAGCAUUUAUUGUACUCUUAAAUCUUCGGUCAUCUAAAGCAUUUUAUGGAGACUUUGUUUAAAAAGACAAAAUUAUAACAAAACUAUUGUGCUUUCUAUAAUUUUUAUAUAACAAUUUUGUGUCUUUUCAUUUAUUGUUGAAAAAAUUUAAUACCUUAUGGGUAUUUUUCAUUCACAAUAUCUUUUUCAUCUCUGAAAUGAAAUUAUGUCAUCAACAAUGAAUUCUCUUGUUUAGGUUUAACAAAUAUAUUAUACCGUUGUCUGUUCAUUACUGUUGUAGAUUCAUAAAAAGGUAAAUUCCAGUAAACUGAAAUGCAAAUGAAGUUUAGAUUUUGUCCAUGAAGGACUCUUAAGACUUUAAUACUGUAGUCUUUAAUUAUAAGUUAUUCUACUCUACAUAUUUGUUACCUGUGAAUGCUUGUCAUAGAUAUAUUUUCUUAGUUGUAUAUAAUGAAUACUUUGUGAUGAAAAUGUGAUGAAAAUAUGCAGCCUAUUCUUGUUGAUAAUCAUUGUUUACACAAGAAUUUUAUGAUAGGUUUAAAAAUAAAAGGCUAUCUAUAUUAUUUUUCACACACCAGUCACACAAGUUUUAUCAAGAUCUUCAAAGUUGUACAAUUUAACCUACAUUACAUAAAUCAUUAAAAUUUAGGAACUAAAAUCAUAUUUUAAAAAAUCCUAAAUCUCUAGUUUUAAUAUUGUGUACAAAUACACUGAACAAAAGCAUUUUCCUUUUGCAUGAGACAUAUCUUGAUAAUCAGGCUGAAGGAUAAAUUGAUCCUUCACGGGUUAUUACAUCCUAGUACAAAUUUAUCAGAUUUUUUUUCAUCUGCUGUUUGCACUUGUAUUAGGAUGUUAGACUAGUUACAUAUUUAUCUGAAAAGAAAUUCAUACUAAAAUCUCAUGUCAAAAAGUUUCUCAUUUUAUUUAUAAAAUGUUUAUGAAAUAAUUUUAUUUUAUAAAAUGUUUAUGAAAAAUAGGCAUAUGCAUUUAACAUCCAAUGGCAUAGUUAUAAUAAGGAUCUGUAUAUAUCACAAUAAACUAGACUGACUAAGAGUGUCAUG